UGUCAGUGGCAGUAGUAAAACUUUAAUUUGGUGUCUGGGUGGUGUCAAGUGAAUCUGCAAUUUUCUGCAUUUUUCGCCCCCAAAAAUGUAAUUAGCGAGCGUGAAAACACUCAAAACAGGUGCAUCAGUGUCCAGUGCAGUGAAUUUGUGUGAAAUUGUGCGUUGAAGGGCAAAGGAGGCGCCGUGAGAGUGAAAAGAUUGUUGAGUGUUUUGUCAGUGUGGAGCCCCCAUGUUUCCCCAUCGUCUUUCUGUGUGAAAAACUCGUCUCUGUUUGGUCGAAUAUCUGCACAUCCGGCCUUCUUGGCGUCUCUGGGCCAUUUAAUUGGCACCCCAGACGUCUACCUCAGCUUCAGCUGCUGUGGCAGAUUCUCGAGUGACAAUUGCCGGGCGUGUUUUGGGUGUCCAAAGAAGGGAGGCCGAGAGGAGCUGCAUUGGCUCAAUUGAUCUAAAUUGGACUGUGCGUGAUAAAUAAAUUACAUUGACAAUGACGGUGGACUUCAAUGAUUACUUCUGGGGGGAGAAGAACAACGGUUUUGAUGUUCUGUAUCAUAAUAUGAAGUAUGGCUUGGUGGCGAGCAAGGAGCUUACGGAUUUUUUCCGGGAGCGUUCGAAUAUUGAGGAGAGUAAUUCGAAGAUGAUGACAAAGUUGGCCAAUAAAGCUGGCUCAGGAUGUGUCCAUGGGACAUUUGCGCCUAUUUGGGCUGUUCUCAAGGGAUCAGCUGAGAGGCUAUCGAGUUUGCAUUUGCAAAUGGUGCAGAAGAUUACGGAAUUGGUGAAGGAUAUUACGAAGUAUGCUGAGGAGUUGCAUAAGAAGCACAAGGCAGUGAAAGAGGAGGAGGCUGGGACUCUGGAAGCUGUACAGUUGAUGCAGGCAUCGACGCAUGCUGUACAGAAGGCCAAAGAGUUGUACACCAGUCGAAUGCAGGAGAUUGAAAAGUUGAAAAAGGACAAUUGUUCACCCAAGGAUCUCGAAAAAGCAGAAACGAAACUGAGAAAGCAGCAGGAUGACUAUAAAAAUCUCGUUGAGAAACACAAUCCCAUUAAGCAGGAAUUUGAACGACGAAUGACGAUUACAUGUAAGAGAUUUCAGGACAUCGAGGAGGCUCAUCUCAAACAGAUGAGAGAAUUCCUGACCACGUACAUCGAACUCCUGCAGACCAAUCACGAUAUGGUGGGACAAGUGCAUACAGAAUUCAAGAGGCAAUUUGUUGAGAUGACUGUGGACAAAUUGCUAGAGCAAUUUGUUCUCAAUAAGUAUACAGGAUUGGAAAAGCCAGAAAUUGUUGAGCUUGAUUUGAUGAAUUGGCCAGCGAGUGCAGCUAACCAAUCCUCCACACAAAACACACCAUCGGCAAACAUAACAAAUAACACAGUGACAGUGGUCGAUGAGGGCGCCACUGUUGCGACAGCAGCGCCACAGGGCCCCACAGUGGCGGCUCCGGCGCCUGCAAAGCGCGAAAUCAAUCUGCGCAAUUGGUUCACUUCGUCCUCUUCGUCAUCUUCGGCUGUGGCAGCGGCAGCCGCCUCAAGUUCAGCCGGCACCGGUUCCCCUGGUUCAGCAUCAUCGGCGGCUGCGGCCGCGGCAGUUGGUGCUGAUCAGGAGGCGAACAAGGAGAGUGUUGCUAGUGGCUCGCCCAAUGCCUCAGUGGCACCAAGUAUGAACAAACAAAAGUCCGGUAGAGGAAAGAUUAUUGGGGAUAGUAGUUUAAAGUCAAUUGGUAGUAAAGUUAGAGACAGGGCACAGCCGACAGAGGCGCAACUGGCGCAAGAACACCAGCCACAAAAGAUACAACAGCCCAAAGAAAAAUCUUCCCGCCGCACUACUUCCCUUCUCAAUCUCUUCAUGUCUAAUUCCCAGGGAAGUCGCGAGAGUCGUGAUAGUCGUGAUUCUCCAUCAAUUGAAGUGUUGUCAGCACCAACAAGUCCAACGACUGAGACACAAUAUCCACCAACAACAGCAAGCAAUACACAAAUCGGCCGAAAUCCGUUAAGAGGAUCAAAAUUUUCAGGAUUCCUGAGGAGUCGUCGGGAGAAGGCAAAGACGAAGAAGGUGAAGAAGAAAAAGGAUUCAACGGACACCAAUAGCAACAAAGAAGAAAAAAUAUCCGAUAAUGAAGAGAAGGAGGAGAAUGUGAAGUCGGAAAAUAGUGCUGUUGUUGCCCAAGUGUCCAAGUCUCCGUCUCUGAUUGCUCCAACUGCCACACCGGAAGUCGAUGAAGAUGGUUACAGUGUGCAACCCAGUGAGCCCAAAUGGGAGACACUUACAAACAGCGAAAAAGGUGGUUUCUACUCCAGUUCAGACAGCGACUCGGAUGACAACGAGCGAGAUCGAAAGAUCCAUGUGGAGAUUAAGCCGCUGAACAACGGAACCGCCCCAAUUUCGGCCAGUGUUGAUGAAUUGCGUGCCACUGUGGAGAAUCUGUCCCUGUCUCCACUGGGAGGUGCCCUCUCUGGAAGGAGAGUAUUUGGGGCAGCUGAUGAUGAGUCCCGCAUGAAGCGCUCAAAGUCACUGUCGCAGCCAUUUGGUGAAGGUGAGAAGAGGGUUUGUGGGGCUGAUUUACAGGGGAAUCCUCCUUCCUUUCAGCAUCACCAUCCGCAGAGUCCGGCAGCUUCCAAUGCCUCAACCCCAACUACAACACAUCCUUAUGCUCCUCUGCAGAGUCCUACGCUCUCGGCAUCCAACAGUUCCAACAAUAAAUAUGCAGAUUUGGGUGAUAUUUUCUCGGAAAUAGAGGAUAUUACAACUUCUGCACCGCCUUCAGCCACUCUGACCAAACUGGGACGACAGAUCCCAACGCCAACUUCUGCCAGUAGCAUUGCUAUUCCGAGGCCGCCAUCGAGGCGCUCAGAAGCAGCUGGACGUGGAAGAGUUAGUCCUUCUGCGAUCUCAACGAUCUCCCGGGCUGACAGUGUAGGAAGCUUGGAGUUCAGAACGGCUGGAGUGGCUAUUGGUUCAUCCAGGGGACCAUCUCCACUCACAAUCGGCAUAUCAGACACAAUUCCAUUGGCUGUGGCCUUCCAUGAGAUGAUCCAUGCCUAUUUCCGUGGAAGCGAUGAGAGUCGGUGCCAGGUGAAGAUGUCCGGUGAUAUGAUGCUGUCCUUCCCGGCUGGAAUUGUCGGGGUGUUUGCCAAUAAUCCCAACCCGGCCAAAUUGGGCUUCCGCAUCAAGAACAUUCAGAAUCUCGAGAAUAUCAUCCCCAAUAAACAAUUGGUCACGAUAGAUACACUCCAAUCCACGAGCUUUAGCACAAUGCUGGAGUUCAAUAUGCCGGCUCUGACGGCUCUUCUGCGGCGUCAGUCGGAACAGAAUCCUUCGGCGUCGUACUUCAAUGUGGACAUCCUCAAGUACCAGGUACGUCCGAAAUCUGGAGCCUCUUCGUGUCCCUUCCAGUUGGUGUGCUACUGGAAGUGCGAACCGACGCAUACGGACAUCAAGAUUGACUACAAGUACAAUAGCCAUGCCAUGGCAGCCCCAACGCCGCUCCUCAACAUCUCUAUCACAGUUCCUGUGGACGGAGGCGUCCGCAAUGUACAGUCCAAGCCACAUUCAGCCUGGCUGGGUGAAUCCAAUAGGCUCGUGUGGAACUUCACGGACAUCAGUCAGCAUUCGGACAAUAAUGGCGUGGGAACACUGAGGGCGCGCCUUGAGGUCACAAAUGGACCUUCAACGCCGGCUAUUCUGCAUACGCAGUUCAACUGCGAGGGCACGACGCUGUCGGGGAUUGAGUUUGAGCUCACGGGACCCGGCUACCGACUGUCUCUGGUCAAACGGAGAUUCGUUUCCGGGAAGUACAUUUGCGAGGGAGAUGGCAUCCGAAGUGGAGCAACGCCAACAUCGCCCUUGGUCAGUUCGCCAAAUCCUUACUCCAAGGCAGGAUAGCAAAUGGCCAGCAGUUUUCUCUGAGCUCUCUCGCACCUCACAGUUCAUCAUCCCAUUUUCCGGGCGUGAAAAGCUUUCCGAUGGACUCCUUCACAAGAAUUUAUGAAGAAGAAUCCGUACCUUUUUUGAGUUAAUGGCAAAUUGUUUUUGGUUUUUUUCUUACAAAAAAAAUCUCAAAACCUGAGAAUUUCUUUUGAAAAGAAAAAGAAAUAUUUUUUGUGUUUUAAAAUGAUCAAAUGGGGUUAUUUUUUUUUGUUCUUCAAAAAAAAAUUGAGAAUUUCCGUUGACUUCUGUUGAAGAGAGAAAUCGUAAGGCAUUUCACUGGCUUUUUGUACAUGAAUUUAUUUUGUUAACUAGCUAAAACGAAUAAAAAAGAGUUUAAGGAUUGAGGAGAAAAUAUCACAGAUAGAUAGAAAAAGAAAAUGAAGUGAUGAGAAAGAUGAAAUCAAAAGGAAUGUUUUUCGCAGUUAAAAUAUUGUAAAAAAAAUAAUCCCAUCAAUUUAUUGAAGUAUUAUUUCUCUGAAAACACGAGACAAUAGAAGUCACUCCAUAGAGAUACUCACUAUCACCAAGAUUAUUUGUUUAAAAAAAAAAAAAAACAGGAAAAAGGACGUUCCAAGUCCUUUGGAAAAUGUUUUUUCUUUGAGUUUAGAAAAUAACACGAUAUUCCAUUUUAGAGGAGAUAAAAUAGAGAAAUAUCAUUAAAUGUUAA